UGUCUAUGAAAUAUUUGACUUUUUCGCACACUCGUUAGCGCUGCUGUCGUUACUAGAUUUAUCUGAAAAUGCAUUUGAAAUGGAUAAAAUUAAUUAUAUUUAAAAAAAGACUGUGCUUUGAAGCUUUAGUAUAGUGAAAAGUAUUAUAAAAUGUGUAAUAAGCUUAUUGUGUUGUGUUUUUGUGAUUGAUGUAACAAACCUGUGUACGGCAAGAUGGACGAAUUGUCUAAGGGCAUGACACAAACAGGAAGCGCCGCUAUAACCGACAAAAUUCAAGAAAACGAUGAUGCGGAGGCGUGCGUGUCGCGUCCUGCGCCCCGCCUAGCCCCCCGCCAGCCAUGCUAGCGCUCGUAGAGCAGCUGCGGUCAUACCUCAGCGGAGGAUGUCCCCCGGCGGUGGUGCUGGCGAGCGCGGCGUGCCUCGAGUGCGAGCGGGUGCGCGCGGCGUGCGAGCGGCUGGGCGCCGUGCAGCCCGCGCCGCCCGCCGACGCGCUGCCGCCGCCGCCGCCGCCGCCCGCCCAGCCCUCCUACCUCGUCACCACGCCCUUCGAAGGAGAACUCUUCGAUGCCGCGCACAAAGCCAAAUAUAGGGUGCUGGGCCCGACGGCGGUGCUUCAGCUGGCGGAGCGCGGCGAGGCGCCCGGCAACUCGCGCCCGCUCUACUCGCUGGCGAUGCGCGGCGCCGUCAUAUGCUUCUCCGGCUUCCGGAAGAAGGAUGAACUUACGUACCUGAUAACCUUAAUCCACUACAUGGGCGGUUCGAUCCGCAAGGACAUGUCGAGCAAGGUGACGCACCUCAUCGCGGCGGCGGCCACCGGGGACAAGUACCGGUACGCGUCGGGCUUCGGCCUGCCCGUGCUGGCCCGGUCCUGGGUUGACGCCUGCUGGGAGCGAAGAGAUGACCCCGUGUGUCUGGCCACUGAUGACUCUAUUAUUAAGGAGCACAAGCUACGCGUAUUCGCGGGCGCUCGCGUGUGCUUCGUGGGCUUCCCCGAGGAUGAGACGCAGCACAUGGCCGACGUGCUGGCCAGCAACGGGGGCGCCGUGUGCGCGCUCGACGAUCCCGACUGCACGCAUGUGGUAAUGGCCAAUGGGGAGACUUUCGGUCGUUCGCUUAUCCUGUCCCCCCUCCACACCCCCUCGGCGCCCCCCCGGGACUCGCCCUCCCGCUCCCACAGCACCCCCAAGACUUCGCUGUACCGGCGGCUGUCGGCGCGCCUGUCGGCCCGGCCGCGGCCCGCGCCCGCGCGCGACGUCGUCGACCACUCUACGCUGACCUGCUACAUCGACGACACGUGCACCGAGGACAAGCUCAGCCCCGCCAGCCAGCUCGACACCUCCAAUACAUCCAAUAAAGAGAACCACGAGCUGGCGCAGCUGCUCACGGCCGCCGUCACCGCCAAGGCCAAGGACAAGCGAGAGGUGUUCCGGAACAAGUCCAUGAACGUGUUCAACCUGGUGGACUGCCUGGCGGAGGCGGGCUCGCUGCACUCCUCGCUCACCAAGUCCCUCUGCGAGCUGGACUCCAAGGAGCCGCCGCUUCUGUUCCCCACCAAGGGAAGUCAAGAACUGCAGCACUCCACGACCACGAUCUCUUCCGGAAAGAAACGCAGUCGCAACUCCACUGAGUCCAACUUCCAAGUGAGCGUCGUCGACGCCGCCGUGUCGCCGGACAAGGGCGAGGACAGCAACUGGAAAUCGAUUAAAAGACUGAAAAUAAAGGACUCGUUCAAGUUCAAGAACAGGCCGACGAUAUUCAAGCGGACGAAGAAGGAGUCUAUGAGCAAAGCGGGCGACAUAACGAUAGAGUCGGUGCCGGCGGGGCGCGCGCGACCGUCGUCGCCGGACGGCACGUCGCCGGGCGGCACGUCGCUGCGGGACGACGACGCCGCGUCGCUCUGCUCCGCCAACACCAGCAAGCACUCCGGCUUCUUCGACAUCUCGUUCGCGUCCAAGACGGUCAAGUCGGCGUCCAAGCUGCGGCGCAGCGUCAAGUCGUUCACCGCGUCGUUCCGCAGCGAGCGCAAGAAGAAGUACGAGAAGCGAGAGCGGAACACGGUGGAGGUGGCCGCGCGCGACGUGCUGGCGUCCACGCCGCUGCGCGCGCGCGCGGGGCUGAGCCUGGACGUGUCGCCCGUGGACGCCGUGGACGCCGCCGACGAGCUCGACGACUCCGCCGUGUUCAAGACGCCGCAGAGCACGUGGCUGCGCGCGCACCGCCAUUCGGUCUGCGGCCCCCCCUCCCCGCUCCCCGCCCCCGCCCCCUCCCGCCCCGCCCCCGCGCGCGAGCCGCCGCCGCCGCCGCCCGCCGGCGACCACGCCGCCCCAGCCAUAUCGCAAACACAUGGAAUAUCGCUGCCGGUGGUGGACGAGCACAGCACGGCGGCGGCGCCGGACUGCGCCUCGAAGGUGCACAUCGUGAAGGCCGAGUGGUUCUGGGCCUCCGUGCAGAAUGAGGAAGCGCAGGAUGAGAGGGACUAUCUGUUUAAAGAUUACCUGGACGAGGUCUCCCGGCGCUCCUCAGUGGGGGCCGCGUGCGCGCCGCCGCCGGCCGAGGAGUCGCCCGCGCCGGCCGGCACGCCGUCGCAGCUGCAGCGCCUGCGCAAGCGCAAGCUGCGCGGCGGCGACGCGGCGCUGCACAAGCGGAGGUCGUCUGUUGGAGAUGCCGUGAUACUGAGUCUGUCGGCGAAUCUGCUGGAUUGUACGCCGUCGCCUGAUGGCAAGCAGCUGUUGGAAGAGUCGGAAGUCCCAGACAAUGUGGUGCGCAAGCUGAUGUCGCCGCGCCAGCAGGUGUUCAUGGAGCUGCUGCAGACCGAGUCCAACUACGUGGGCAUCCUGCACACCAUCGUCACUCUGUUCAAACAGCCGCUAGAGGAGAUGGCGGAGGAGGACUGCGCCAACGGCAAGGAGAUCGCGCUGCUCAACAACACGGAGCUCAAGAUCAUCUUCGGGAACCUGCCGCCUAUAUAUGAGUUGCACCAACGCAUGCUAGAAGAGCUCCGCUACGCGGCGGCGCACUGGAGCGAGGAGACGUCCAUCGGGCGGCUGAUGCUGCGCCACACGCCCGACAUGGUUCGCGCCUACCCGCCCUUCGUCAACUUCUUCGAGAACACCAAGGAGAUGCUGCACUCGUGCGACCGUGAGAACCCCAGAUUUCAUGCAUUCUUGAAAAUCUGUCAAACCAAACCUGAAUGUGGCAGACAGAGUUUGCAAGAACUGCUAAUAAGACCGGUGCAGCGACUGCCUAGUAUUAGUUUAUUACUCGACGACAUCCUAAAGCACACGCACAAGUCGAACCCGGACCACCUAGCGCUGGGCGCGGCGCUGGGCGGCCUGCGCGAGGUGAUGUCGCACAUCAACGAGGACAAGCGCCGCACCGAGGGGCAGCUGCAGAUGUUCGACAUCUACAACGACAUCGACCAGUGCCCGGCGCACCUGGUCUCGUCGCACCGCUCGUUCGUGUCCCGCUGCGAGGUGGUGGAGCUGAGCAAGGAGCUGUCGGGCCGCGGCGACCACCUCGUGCUGUUCCUCUUCACCGACACCAUGGAGGUCUGCAAGAAGCGCUCCAAGGCGUUUAACAGCAAGAGCCCCACCAACGGCACGGGCACGAUGCGGCUCGGCUCGGGCAAGCCGUACCGCCACAUCUCGCUCAUGCCGCUCAGCACCGUCAAGCGGGUCGUCGACAUACGCGAGUCUGAAGGUAAAUUAGACUGCCACAACGUGUUCGCCCUCAUGUGCCGCAGCAACCAGGAGCUGAAGGAGAAGCUGUACUCGUUCAUGAUCACGGACGAGACGGUCGACAAAUCGCACUUCCUGCGCCAGCUGUGCCGCCAGAUGGCCAACACCGUGUGCAAGGCCGAUGCGGACAAGUUCCUGACGUGCCUGGAGUCGGGGCAGCUGGACAUCGACACCAGCGACCUGGCGCUCAGCACCUUCUCCAAGGUGUCCAAGUUCGCCGCCCGCACGAGAAUUAAGCUGGAGACGCUGGCGGGGCUGCGCGGCUGGCUGGCGGACCCCGGCGCCGGGCUGCUAGACACUUGGGUAUUGCGCGCUCACUUCCUAGCACAGGUGGGUCGCGCGCUGUCGUUCAACAAGACGCCGUCUAAGCUGAAGCGCGCCAUGUCGUCGAUGAUCUCGCCGUUCGGCUCCACGUCCAACCUCACGCCCGCCACGCAGCUCGCGCAGAUGAGGCUCGCCAGCUGCAAUAAUAUUAAUGAGAUGGGCACAUCCGGCGGCAGCAAGGAGGGCGGGUCGGACGUGCUGGUGGCGCCGCUGUCCGUGCAGCCCACGCGCAAGGCCACGGCCGCCGCCGCGCUGCGCCGCUUCUGACGCCCGCUGCGCCACCGCCACACGCACUAGUCAACCCGCAACACGUGCGGUCACCGCCCACCCGCUUCACACCUGACAGUCUCAGCUAGUCUUACUUGCGUGCAAGUAUCCGCUCAGUGAGACUGUCAGCUCUCAAGCGACGGUCGGCCGCGGGCGCGUCAAUGGCGGAUCUCGGAUUCAUGAGUUCAAUAAGUGACUGUUGUGACACUGUUUUAAGCGUACAAUAAUUCAACAUGGAACGGCCGAGUAUUCUCUCGAUGGACAGAUGGAUGAAGUGCCCGACAAUACUGAAGGACGUUAUGGGAUGAAGGCACUGUCUGCUAAAGGUCGAGUGAUGAAGACGUUGUUAGAUGAAUAUUUAGUUGUUGGGAGUGACAUAUCGAUGCCUCGACUAGAUGUGAUAUUUUGGGAAUUUUAGUAACGGAAUUGAAUGUUAAUUGGAAUAUAACCAGUAUUGUAAUCGAUAAUAUCAAUAAUUUAUACACCAGUGAAACGAAACUUAGAUGUAGGGAUGCUGCAAUUUGUAGUAAAUUUAGAAAAAUAUAUUAAAUUGAUCACACGGCGAGGCCAGUAGUGCAGUAGUGCUAGAAGUGCCUUGGAUACGAAGAGAAUUUAAUGUGAAAGUUAAUCGUUUUACAACGUGUUGUCACAAUUAUCGGCCUAAACUGGCGAAAAAACCAUUUUUGAAAUUAAUGUUAUAAAUGUUUUGAUGGAAUUGUAUUGAGAAUUGCAUAAUGCAAGUGUGUUGGUUAGCUAUUAUCUGCCGAGCUGGAUAUGAGGUAGUUUAUCUUGAAUUAUGUCACACAUUAAUUUAGUUGAUAUUAUUGAGAUUGAUGUAUGAGUGGAAAUCAGUCUUCACUAAUUUCGUUUGGAUAAUAUGUACAUAUUGUGAUAUUUUAUUUGAAUUGUGAAUAGGCAUUUGGUCGUGGGGGAUGAAUAUAGUAGUCAUGUAUUAAAUUAUCCGCCCGCGAGGGUGGUGCCGUGCGUUCCUAGAAUAUGCCUUGACAGUUUAGUUGCUGAGAGUAUACCGUGUACUAGGUAGUUGCACGCGGCGACCGGCACGGGGCGACCCAGCGAUGGCUGCAGUAUAGUUUCUAUUGCUUGAGCAUUGAUGUAUUUCGAAUAAGUAAUUGCUUUAGUUUCGCUGGGUGGCCCUGCGCGGGUGCUGGAGCCGCGUUAGUGUAAAUAGUUGCUUGUCGCCCGCGCGGCGGCGUCGUGUCUACUAAGUUUAACUUUGUAAGUUUUGCGCGAGUCUCACAUAAGACUACAAUAUCCAUCGGCAAUCAUCAUGUGUACGCAUGUUUAUGCAUUGUACAAAGAACUAUAUUUAUAAAAUAUUUUUAAAUGAUUGAUAUAAUAAACAUUUACUUUCAAAAUAA